AUGGUCAUCGCUACCGACUUUGCAAAGCCGCUGGCAACCAUCCCAGUCCCAGAAAGCAAGAAGAUUAACACCAAUCCACCAUCCACAGCUCCCUUGAAGCCUCAGCCAGCGGGCCCCAAUAGACUCUUCUCACAGGAAGGCGCAGUAUUUGGGGACUUCCGCGAUGAUCUCCUCCGAGACGGCUACGUCGUGGUCAAGGGCGCCAUUCCCCGCGAAAGAGCAGACAACUAUAGCGAGGAAAUGAUGUACUAUCUCGAGAACUUCGCUGGAGGUCUCGGGUUCAACCGCAAUGACUCAACGACCAUCAAAGAAUCCAACCUCCCCAUCAUCACCGAAAAGGGAAUGUGCCUAGGCUACGGCGUCGCCCACGAAUCCUUCACCUGGGCAAUCCGCCAAGAACCAGGCCUCGUCGACGCCUUUGAAAAAGUCUACGACACGCCCGACCUCAUCGUCUCCUUUGACGCCGUCAACAUGGCCUUCCCCAACCGGCCCGACGUGAAGCCGAACACCCCCUGGCCGCAUCAGGACCAGGACCCGGAGAAGCCCGGCUUCCGCUGCCUCCAGGGCCUGGUGAAUCUCCUCCCGAAUGGGGACCGCGACGGCGGGUUGAUCGUCUGUAAGGGCGCGCACCUGCUCUCCGAGGAGUUCCACGAGGCGUUCCGCGGGGAGGAGGACAAGAUUUGGGCUUGGACGAAGGAGUGGUAUGGGUUUACGGACCGGGGGAUGCAGUGGCUCAAGGACCGCGGGUGCGAGUGGGUCAAGGUUAAUGCCGAGCCUGGGGAUUUGUUGUUGUGGGACAGCCGGACGCCGCAUUAUAAUCUCAGUCCGGAGGGGACGUCGCCACGGUUUUGCGUGUAUACUUGUUACAUGCCAGCGUCCGAGGCGUCGCAGGAGGACUUGGUGAGGAAGAAGGGUGCGUUUGAGGAAUUGAAGAGCACGACGCACUGGCCUAAUGCGAUGCAUGUUGGCGGGAUUCCGGUGUUGAGAAAUGGGGAGCCGUGUCCGUAUAACACGGGGAAACCGAGGCGGGUUCCUGAGCUUUCGGAGAGGGGGUUCAAGUUGACUGGUAUUCCGUAUAUCCAGGGGGUGCCUAUCGAUGCCUUGGGCGAGUGA